AAUAAUCUUUCUCUACCCUUCGAAAACUCUACUCUGCAACUUAUUUCUCCUAGAACAAUGACCCAGUAAUUAAAUCACAGAUAUUGACCUUGCACUGACAUCGAUCAGACCUCUGCAUACUUGUUGUAUCUUUGAUCUAAAAACUAUGGAAGAAUUGAAGUUACAUGGGUUUUGGCCAAGCUCAUAUAGUAGCAGAGUGACAUGGGCACUGAAACUGAAGGGUGUUGAAUACGAAUACAUAGAAGAAAAUCUUUCUAACAAGAGUGAGUUGCUCUUGAAGUACAACCCUGUUCACAAGAAAAUCCCAGUCCUUGUUCAUGGUGGAAAACCAAUCGCUGAGUCGCUUGUCAUCCUUGAAUAUAUUGAAGAAACGUGGCCUAAGAAUCCAUUGCUGCCAACUCAUGCUUAUGAUAGAGCUAUAGCUCGCUUUUGGAUUCAAUAUGGAGCAGCCAAGGGUCCUUUUUUUUUCUCAGUUUUCCGAAGCAGUGGAGAAGAGCAAGAGAAGGCAGCAAAAGAGGUAUUGGCAGUGCUAAAAGUAUUGGAAGAGCAAGGCCUUGGAGACAAGAAAUUCUUCGGAGGGGAUACUAUCAAUCUAGUUGACAUUGCAUAUGGCUGGUUGCCUCAUUGGUUUGAGACCAUUCAAGAAGUGAUUGGUAUAAAAUUGCUGGAAUCAACCACUUGCCCUCGGUUGUAUGCAUGGGUUAACAAUUUCAAGGAAGUUCCUGUCAUCAAAGAAAAUCUUCCUGACCCUGAGAAACUCUUGGCUCAUAUCAAGAACAUAAGGGAGAAGCUUGUCGCAGAAAAAACCGAUUGAUGCAGGGUUAUAAUUAAUAAGUUGCAGAGUUCUGAAAAUUAAUUAUUCAAAAUAUUGUAAUACUUUCAUAUUCUUGUAAUUUUGGUUUGGGUGUGAUGGCUUUGAUUUUACCAAGAUGCUGGCUGUCUGGUUUGCUCUAUCCACUAUCAUGAUAGAUCUUUUUUCUUUCUUUAUUUUAAAUAAAGGCAUAGUAAACUUAUUUGAAAUUCAUUAGAAAUA